AGGACAAGAUGAGAGUAUCAGGUGUGCUUCACCUCCUGGCCUUUAUCUUUGCCCUGGUCGCCACAUGGAUCUUUAUUAGCAGCUACAUCAGCUUCAACAUGAAAACUCUCCGUCUGCCCCGCUGGCUAGCGGUCGUGAGGACCAAGUGUGGUCUCAGCAAGCCCUGCCCGGACAACUUCUUUGCCUUUAAAAUCAGCAGCGGAGCCGCUAACGUCGUGGGCCCCACCAUGUGCUUCGAAAACCUUGUGAUCAUGAGUCCUGUGAAAAACAACGUGGGCAGAGGCCUGAACAUUGCCCUGGUGAAUGGAACCACAGGAAUAGUGCUGACGCAGAAAUGUUUCGACAUGUACUCUGGAGAUGUUAAGCUCCUGGUAAAAUUCCUUAAAGACAUCCCAGAGGGCACUCUGGUGCUAAUGGCCUCCUAUGAUGACCCAGGAACCAAAAUGAAUGAUGAGACCAGGAAGCUCCUCUCCAGCUUGGGCAGUUCCUAUGCAAACCAGCUGGGCUUCAGAGAUAGCUGGGUCUUCUUAGGGGCCAAAGACCUCAAGGAUAAAAGCCCUUUUGAGCAGUUCUUAAAGAACAACCCAGACUCGAACAAAUAUGAGGGCUGGCCGGAGCUGCUGGAGCUGGAGGGCUGUGUUCCCCAGAAGGUAUUUUAG